GCAGUACCGACAUCACUUCUUUGCAGUGAUCCUUUUGCGGGGGAGACAACGACUGCCAAUCGGUCCCGGUAAAAAGGAAGAACAUAGGCUUUUGGGGCUGUUUCUUCUGAAACAGACACCACUAUUACGCAUUUUUUUCCUGUGGCACAGAAUGAUAUUUUGCAUUUUGCCUUAAUAAGUAAGUACACGAAAAGCAGAGACUUGUGCUUGGCUAGAGGUGAGCAGACAGCUACAUUUUAUUACACACAGCUGAACAAAUCUGAAAUAUUUAGUUACCGAACAUCAUUCCUCCUUUUAUAAACUGAAGAGUUUCUUCAUCGCUAAAGGGUGAUGAAGAGGCAGUACAUUUGGGUGAGAGUGUUUUGGAUCUAAGCUUUGGCAUCAUCAGCAGAACAAAAGUAAACAGCCGCAUCCCUGCAGAAUUUCAGCCUACGUCUUUUUUGUUGCCAUCAGCUGGAGCAGGUACUGAGAAGUCGAUGACAAAAACGGCACCGACUUUACUUAAGGAAGUACAUUUUGUACAAUUCUGUAGGCUUUCUCUGAAUAUUAGGCACGCCAUUCACUGGUCUUAUUUAACCACCGGGCUACGCACUCCUCUUCAUCCGAUCUCUUUUGAAAAUAGUGACAUUCGGAAGCACAAUGCAACUUUGUUUCUGAUCUUUAUCGUUUUCUGAGAGGGAGAAAAACAAUUUAACUAGGACUAGCAUCUGAUUCUGUUUGUGGUACAGUUAUAACAUUUGCAUUUAUAUACAUCAAAGAGGUUUCCCCGUGUAAGUGCACUGUCAAGUCGUAGAUCAAUACAGUGAGACCACUGGGCUCAGUUCCAACUCGUCAGAAUUUACAUUUGAAAAGAAGAGGCUGGUAACUAAGUAAAUAAGGCUACAAGGCAAUGAACUAGUGUGGAUCAUGAAUAUACAAUUAGGUUUGGAGAAUAAUGGAACGAUGUCCAUACAAGAGCAGGAGUUAAUACACAGCCAGUGUCGGACUUUGCAUUCUACAGUCUCCAGACCUUCACUGAUGUCCACAAUGGCCUCGGUACUAGAUGAAUAUCAUAGACACGACCAUCAUUUCACUUCUUCUAUGCAUCCUGGAUUCAGCUUGGGUGGCAGUGACUCUCCCACAGGGUCUACUAAUAGCUAUACUACAUUAACUCCUCUCCAGCCUCUGCAUGACAAGUUUCACCAUCACCAGUGCCUACCUGUGGGUAAUGUCAUUGGAAGUUUUACCUUCAUGCGGGAAGACAGAGGUCUAGGCACAAGUGGUAACUUUUAUUCACCUUACCACAAAGAUUUCAGCAUGACUCAGAGCCUGUCCCCUUUGCCUAGCCCAAAUCUAACAACCAUGCAUAGCUACAGCCAUUCAGGUACUCAUUUUGGUGAUGAGAAGGUGCCAUCCCCUAACAGUUUUGAUGUCAACUCUUCUAUGUUUAGUAGAGUUGACCAACACUUUUCCAGAGGACUGUCACCUCUUCCAUGCUCUCCAGUGGGAAAUCACAGCAACAUGACCCAUCAUCCCUAUGGUCAUCUUAAGCUUUCUGAAGGUGGACCACGCCAAGACCAGCCAGGAGCCACUUUGAAUAGUGGACAAUCAGGACAGGUGGAAGAAAUCAACACUAAAGAAGUGGCUCAAAGGAUAAUUACUGAAUUGAAAAGAUAUAGCAUUCCGCAAGCCAUAUUUGCAGAAAGGGUUCUCUGUCGUUCUCAAGGGACUUUGUCUGAUCUCCUGAGGAAUCCCAAACCCUGGAGUAAGCUAAAAUCUGGGAGAGAGACCUUCAAAAGAAUGUGGAGAUGGCUUCAAGAACCUGAGUUCCAGAGAAUGGCUGCUCUAAGGUUAGAAGCCUGCAAAAGAAAAGAACAAGACCAAAGCAAAUCCAAGCGGAAUCACAUUCCAAAGCGCCACCGCUUAGUCUUCACCGAUAUCCAGCGUCGUACCCUCCAUGCCAUUUUCCAUGAGAAUCAUCGACCAUCCAAAGAGUUGCAGAUCACCAUUGCCCAGCAGCUAGGUCUUGAACUGUCUACUGUCAGCAACUUCUUCAUGAAUGCCCGCCGGCGCAGCUUGGACAAGUGGAUGGAAGAAGCCCAGCAACAGCCAUCUGCAGGGGUACAUACUGCCAAUGUCUCAUCAUCAAUCACUUGCACCAAAGCCUAGUCUGUAAAGAAAACAAAACCAAAUAAAGAGGAAUACCAAAGAUACUGCAACCUUUGUCCUUUCCCCAUCCUGUCCCUCAGUGUCUUUCAGCCCAGGUAAUUAUAGUGUAUGAAGGCACUGCAGGACGUCUUAUGGGCAAACCUAAAAACAACUGAAUAUUUCUAUAAAGUGCAACAAUGAGUCAAUCCUGUGGACUUCUCAGUAGGUGUGAAAUACUGCCUUUGAGAGUCAACCUAUUCCUUUCAAGUCAGGAUGACAUGACUGACAAUAUAAAGAUAAUCAAAAGCCAGCCACUUUCUGUUUGUAGAUGGAGUAUUGAACAUGGAAUGUUUAUUUUGUUUUUAGGUGCUGCUUCUUGCUUGCAAAUCACUGCUCAUAUGAACAAAACCAUGCUACGUGGGAUCAUUUUGAACACUAACCAAUUUAAAAUAAUAUGGGGUAUGCCCAAAAGGGAAUGGAUGGGGUUUCUUGUAUGUAUGUAUGUUAUGUAUGUGUGUAUGUAAGUAUGCAUGAAUGAGGUAAAGAGACCCCCCCAAAAAAAAAAUAAACAGUGGCAAAUAUGCAAAUUAGCAAACUGCAUUGUAUUAUGAGGUAUGUAAGACACAGCAAGAAUGCCACCAGAUUUACUAUUACUUUGCCUGCUAGUAUUCUGGUAUAAGUUUAUGUAUCAAAAAAAGAAUGCCACAAAUGUUGCAAAAAUAUGUCUAGCAAAUCAAACAUAAUGAUGUACCAAUCAGUUUCUGAUAGUGGUCAACCUGAGCACUACAGUGCAGCUAGGGAAGAUAUCAAUCUUAUCUAAAAUGUAAGGUUAUUAACAAUAGUAUACCAUGUAUGAUGACAAAGAAUAUAUCACAGUUCACCUAACAAUUAACAGCUACACAGUAUAUGCUGGCAAAGUAUGCUCUGAAG